AUGGCUGGCAUUCCAAGCGUCUCGGCUGUCCAAGGGCCUUUAGAAUGGAAAAGGAUUGUUGCUGUACACAACAUCAAGCCUCUCGAGGAUAAUGAAUACCUAGCAUCAGCUAUUUACUUGACAAUCGUAGGUGUAAUAUCGACCGUGGGCAACAGCGUCGUAUUGGCCACUUUUCUCAGGGACAAAGACCUCUUGAAGAAGCCCCAAAACAUGCUGCUGGUCAAUUUGGCCAUCUCCGAUAUUGGCAUCUCUCUGUUCGGCUACCCCUGGACUGUGGCAUCUAACUAUGCCAAACGCUACCUCUUUGGGGAGGUGUUUUGCUCUAUACAGGGGUUCAUGACGUUCACCUUGGCGCAGACCGAUAUGAACACUCUGGCAUGUCUGAGCAUAUUCCGCUACAUAACCAUCUGCUUCCCCCAAUACGCAUACUGUUUGAACCACGAAUUGACCAAGUGCACCAUUGUCUUUACGUGGGCCUACACCUUGCUAUGGACAACACCACCUCUGAUUGGCUGGAGCUCAUACACCUUUGAACCCUUCGGGACAUCCUGCUCCAUCGACUGGAGCAAUUCUGACCCCAAGGCUUUGGCGUACAUUUGGUGCCUCAUCAUCUUCUGUUUCCUCAUCCACACUGUCAUCAUGAUCUACUGCUACAGCAGCAUAUGUAAGAAAGUCCGCCAAGUGGAAGGCAUGCUGCCCCCAGCAACAAUAUGCAAUCCGCACACCGGGGAGGUCAUGCGAACCUUCAAUAUGCGAAAGGAGAAGAGAGUCACUUUUAACGCAUUUCUGAUAAAUGUGACCUUCAUUGUACUCUGGUCCCCAUACACCCUUGUCUGCCUUUGGUCAGUGUAUGACAAGGAUCUGCCAAGUUGGGUCACGACCUUCCCAACAUUCUUUGCAAAGGCUUCCUGUAUGAUGAACCCCUUCCUAUAUUUCUUGACAAACUCAACACUACGACAGAAGGCCAAACGACUAUUCAUCAGAAAUGAAAAACGCGUUUACCCGUACCCUCCACGUCCAAGUAUGCCUAGAUCUGGUAUCAACAAGGAUGGUGUUUACACCGGCAGAGUCGCCUUUACCUCUGAGAAGAUGGACACGUCUAUUAUGUGA